CCAUAAUUCAGUGUGUUACAUCAAGCAAGAAAAGAUUCCUGAAUAGACUGCCUGAAAAUUCAGAACUAUGGCUCAUCAGACUGCCGUGGUGUUACUUCUUAUUCUUGGCACAGCAGCAACAGCUUUGGCCAAUGUGGUGAAUCAUCCACCAGCACCUGAAUUUGAUAAGAUCGUGAAAGCUGAAAGUCAAGGAGACAGCGAGUGUCCUCUUGGCUGGAAGUACUAUGGCGGACGUUGCUUCAUAUAUAAGGGCACUGCUUUGGACUGGGCUUCUGCUGAGAAACACUGUCUGAAUCUCGAUGCACAUUUGAUCUCAAUACACAGCGAAAAUGAAUAUCAGCUGAUUAAGGCUCUUAUCCGUGCUCAUGACGCCGAGGAGAAUCCAACAUGGAUCGGCCUCAGUGGCUGUCAGAAGAUGAAUAACUUCUUUUGGUCUGAUGGCACCAAAUUAACUUUCACCAAGUGGAAUCCAGGUGAACCAAAUUUUCGAUUCGGAGAGUGCUGUGUCCUUAUGAACUGGCCUUACAGUAUGAACUGGAAUGACAUUCCAUGCGAUCAGACCUAUCCCUUUGUGUGUGCCAUGAGUGUUAACUGAAAUGCUCCCAGCCUAACCACACCAACUACAAUACAAUGUUGGAAAAAUUUUUUCUUGUCACUGAUGAAUUUACAAAAAACCUGUGGCAACUUAUCAUAAUUACAGCAAUAAAAAAUCUA